GAACAGAGGAGGGCGAACAUGGCUGCGGACUGUGUUGGCGGUAGCGGCGGCUCCUCAGGCUGCGGUUCCUCCGGCGGUGUGGUUGGGUUCAGGUUCCCAGAAUACGAGAUCCCGGAGCUGAACACGAAGCCUUUCCUCGUGCAGGCCGUGGGAAACCUGUGGAAGGAGAGGCUUCUCGGGGCCCGUGACUUCUCCCUGGAGCCGCCCGAGCCCAGCAGGCUGGACGGGGCCGGAGCCGGCGAGGAAGACGCGGCCGUGGCCGAGGACUUGGGCUGCAGCCCGGAGACUGCGGCCGAGCUGAGCCUCGUGUGUGGCCUGGAUAAAUUGAAGUACUGUGAAGAGGAGGAUGAUCCAGAAGUCAUUCCUGAAGACACCAACCUAGUGACUUUGGGACUUAGAAAGAGAGCUUUGGAACAUCGAGAAGAAACCAUAACAGUAGAUCGUAUCUGCAGACAAGAAACCUUUGCCUAUGAGAUGGAGUCACAUGCCAUAGGAAAGAAGCCAUCAAAUCCAGCAGACUUAGUUAAUGAAGGAGAACUUAUCUUAACGCUGAAUAUCUUCUAUCCUGUUAUUUUUAGUAAGCAUAAAGAACGAAAACCCUAUCAAACCCUGCUGGUGUUGGGCAGUCAAAAGCUCACAGAGCUCAGAGAUUCAUUUUGCUGUGCUAGUGACCUUCAGAUUGGAGGAGAAUUCAGCAACACACCUGACCAGGCACCUGAACACACCAGCAAGGAUCUUUACAAGUCAGCUUUCUUUUAUUUUGAAGGAACAUUUUACAAUGAUAGAAGAUACCCUGAAUGCAGAGAUUUGAGCAGAACAAUUAUUGAAUGGUCAGAGUCCCAUGAUCGAGGAUAUGGGAAGUUCCAGUCUGCUAAAAUGGAAGAUUUCACCUUCAAUGAUCUGUACAUUAAAUUAGGUUUUCCUUACUUGUAUUGUCACCAGGGGGACUGUGAGCAUGUUGUUAUCAUCACAGAUAUAAGGCUUGUACAUCAUGAUGACUGCUUGGAUAAGACACUUUACCCCCUACUCACCAAGAAGCACUGGUUAUGGACCAGGAAAUGUUUUGUUUGUAGAAUGUACACAGCCAGAUGGGUAACCAACAAUGACUGCUUUGCACCAGAGGACCCCUGUUUCUUCUGUGAUGUUUGUUUCCGAAUGCUCCAUUAUGAUUCUGACGGCAACAAACUGGGGGAGUUCCUUGCUUAUCCUUAUGUUGACCCUGGAACUUUUAACUGAAGACAACUACAGACUUGCUCUGUUGAAUACCCAUGGUUGUUUGGAAUGGUUACAGUACUUCUCAGAAAUGUCCAUUUCUGAACAUCAGGAACAUCCUAGGCAAAAGCAUUUGCUUUAGAACUGGAAAGCAAUCUAUUUGACUGUUGUGAUAACUCAUUUAGCUGUUCAUUUUAUUUGGUAGCUUUUUUCUUAGGCUUUCAAAUGUUUGGGUAUUUGAUAUAUUAAAUUCAUAGUAGUCUUUAUUCUAGUUAUAUUUCUUUUCUUUCUUUGAGCUAACUACAUAGUGGUCAAAAUUAGACCCACUUAAGAUUACUUCUGUGACCCAAGAAACUGGACCUCAAGAGAAAACAAUGGUUAUCUUAACUAUAAAACUGAAUUUUACAUCUGGAUGUUUGGGAACAACUGUAGUCAUCAAUUAUACCACUGAUUAAGAGAAGCUCAUCAUACAUGUGUAAAGGUAAAAGAAUUUAAAAUUGUGUAAAUAACCUGAAAAAUUAGUAUACAUUAUCAAAAUUGAAAAAAUGGAAAUCAUUUUCCUACUUGAAAAAAAGGGACCUUUAUAACUGAUGUUGGAAUAAUCUAUCAAUGAAAAUAAAAUUCACCCUCCCGGCAUUGAAACAGUAACUAUUAAAACAAAAAUUUUGCACUUUUUGAAUGCUAUUGCAGAAAUAUUCUGACAGUUAAUUGUAAGCUCCCUAAGAACAAGGAGGAUUGUCUUAAACUCCACUGGGUUCCCCUUGAAAUAUAAUGAAUGUGGGUGAGUACUUGAAUAUUUAAUCAAUUGAUUCCAUAAUUCACAUUGGAUUUUCCUUUAUUCCCAGCACAUUAACAAACCAGACAUUAAAAAAUUCACAAAUGCAUUAAAUUUACUUUUUUUGUUUCAGAGGGUAUGGUGAAAAUUAAGCCAUUUCUUCUCAUGUACCAAGUGUUUAGUUCAAACUGCUAACAGAACCAUGAAACUAGAAAGCAUUAAAAUAGAAGUCUGACUGCAACAAAUGGCUUGAUUAAUCUUAAUAAAGUCAUAAAUCUUGAGAAAGGUGAUUGUAACCAUAUGGAUCAUAAAAAUUUCCACAUACAUUAUAGGGUUCACAGAAACAGAUGUGAUAUAAUUAGUUCUAAAAUUAUAAAAAGCCAUUCAAAUACCUCCAAUUACUUUAAGUACAGCCAGCUGUCAAAUAUCCAUGUACUAGGAGGCAGAAACAACUUGGAUAACUGAAAUUCAAAGAUGAUCCCAAAAUGUCAUUUCAGUUAAGUGUCUAAAAUAAAACAACAUUCUACAUUCUAAGUGGAUACCCUAGAACAGUGCUGUUGAAUGGACUGAAAACAAGUGAUAAAACUGUUGAGUUUUACCUCUUUUCCCUACCCUGCCCACUGUGAGCUUGAGGUGCAAAGAAAUAGCCAAAAAACUGAGCAGGAGAAAUGAAUCUGGAUAAUAUGAAACUAUACAACUGGCCCCUGAAAAAUCAAGUUUGAA